GCCGGAAAUGAAUAAGAAGGAAGCAAUCUUGAUAAAUUACUCCAAAUCACAUGUCGUUGAGUGGAGUCUAUGGUGCCUCCAGAAGGUCUCUAAAAGUAUCUACAAGACCCAGGUAUUCGCAGUUAAAGUCAGUGACUGCUGGUUGAUUGUGAUUUUCCUCCUCUGAUGAAGAUGACUGUAUGGAUGACAUCCCUCUGAUGGCUGGAAGUGGAAAUAUACAGGACUUCCACAUUGACGAGAAUGACUCGUUGAUGAAGGAAAGAAAGUACCGCAGCUAUCGCACACGCUCACUGGGCUACUUCCUGUCUGAGGGCUGGAUAAAUAUGUGUGCAAGCUGUUGGAGCAGAAUAUUCAGUAGAUGUCGACGGCAGAAGGAAUACAAGCCACGAAACGUCUACAUCGGUCUUGCCACAGGACCACAAGAAAAGUACCCAAGAAAUGUUGUAAAAAAUCAAAAAUACAGCAUCAUUACUUUUAUACCAAAGGUUUUGUUUGAACAGUUCAAGUUUUUCCUCAACCUGUACUUCUUGAUAAUGGCAUGUGCACAGUUCAUCCCAGCCAUCAGAAUUGGCUACCUCUACACAUACUGGGGGCCACUGGGUUUUGUGAUAUUUGUAACAAUGUGUCGUGAGGCUCUGGAUGAUUGGCGCCGCUAUCGACGAGACAAGGAGGCCAACUCCCAGAUCUACAAGAAACUGUGUCGAGAUGGUAUCGUCCGCAUACCCAGCUCUGACAUCCGCGUCGGGGAUCUCAUUAUCGUAGAGAAGGACCAGCGUGUGCCGGCAGACUUGGUGUUUCUGCGGACUACGGAGAAGGAUGGAGCGUGUUUCACCAGGACGGACCAGCUGGACGGGGAGACUGACUGGAAGUUGCGGCUUGCUGUACAGACCACACAGAGGCUGCCAUCAAACGUGGACAUACUAGACAUCUGUGCCCAGGUCCAUGCAGAGAAACCACAGAAACAGAUUCACAAUUUUGUGGGAACAUUUACAAGAACUGACGGGACGGCCUGUGAGGACCCGCUGGGCCUGGAGAAUACAUUGUGGGCAGACACAGUGGUGGCGUCAGGAACAGCACUCGGAGUGGUAAUAUACACUGGGGCAGAGACCAGGAGUGUCAUGAACACCUCACAGCCAAGCAGCAAGGUAGGGCUGUUGGACUUGGAAAUCAACACCCUGACCAAGAUGCUGUUUUUUGCUGUCAUCAUCCUGUCUAUAGUCAUGAUGAUACUGAAGGGAUUUGGAGGUCCAUGGUAUCGCUACCUGUUUCGGUUUAUCUGCCUAUUCUCCUACAUCAUCCCAAUCAGUCUGAGAGUGAACCUGGACAUGGGUAAGGCGGUAUACUCAUGGAUGAUCCAGAGAGACAAGGCCAUCCCUGGCACUGUGGUGCGCAGCUCGACUAUUCCAGAGGAGCUGGGGAGGAUCACAUACCUGCUGUCUGAUAAGACUGGAACACUCACACAGAAUGAAAUGAUUUUCAAGAGGCUGCACCUGGGCACUGUGUCAUUCAAUGCUGAGACGAUGGACGAGGUAAUGGCUCAUUUGAGGACUGCUUUCUCCCAGCCGCCAUCUGGGCAGCUUAUCCAGGCAACACCUACUCGUACAUCAGGUCCAGUUCGUAGGACAGUGGUUACUCGGGUGUUCGAGGCAGUGAAAGCUGUGGCACUCUGUCACAACGUGACUCCGGUGUAUGAGGAGAACGGUGACGCAGCCAGCGACACAGAGGCCGACCAGCAGAUCCGCCAGACUGUCACGUACCAAGCCUCCAGUCCCGAUGAGGUGGCAUUGGUGUCGUGGACGGAGAGCGUGAAGCUGACGCUGGUGAAGCGGGACCUGAGCACCAUGCAACUCCGCACGCCCCAGGAUUCCAUCAUCACAUACUCCAUCCUACAGAUCUUCCCCUUUACCUCCGAGACCAAGAGGAUGGGCAUCAUUGUCAGGGAAGAGCAGUCAGGGGAGAUAAUCUUCUACCUGAAGGGUGCUGAUGUUGUGAUGCAGAACAUCGUCCAGUACAAUGACUGGCUGGAAGAGGAGUGUGGGAACAUGGCAAGGGAGGGACUGAGGACUCUGGUGGUGGCCAAGAAGGUCCUCACUGAGGAACAGUACCAGGACUUUGAGAGUCGCAUCCACCAGGCCCGGAUGUCCCUGCAGGACCGGAACAGCAAGGUGCAGGCAGUCAUCGAGAGCCUGGAGCGAGACCUGGACCUCCUGUGUCUCACCGGUGUGGAGGACAAGCUCCAGGACAACGUCCGACCAACACUGGAGCUGCUGAGGAAUGCUGGCAUCAAGGUGUGGAUGCUGACUGGGGACAAGCUGGAGACGGCUACAUGCAUCGCUAAAAGCUCCAAACUAGUGUCUCGAAUACAAACAUUACACACAUUCAACAACGUGACAGACAGGACGGAGGCUCACUUGGAGCUCAACGCCCUCCGCAGGAAAAAUGAUGCUGCACUUAUCAUUACUGGUGACUCGUUACAGGUGUGUCUGAAGUACUAUGAACAUGAGUUUGUGGAGCUGGCGUGUCAGUGUCCCGCAGUGGUGGUGUGUCGGUGCUCCCCCACACAGAAGGCAGACAUUGUGAAGCUGUUGAAGACGCACACCGGCAAGAGAACAUGUGCCAUUGGUGAUGGCGGCAAUGAUGUCAGCAUGAUCCAGGCAGCAGACACAGGCAUCGGUAUUGUUGGCAAGGAAGGAAAACAGGCAUCCCUGGCUGCAGACUUCUCCAUCACCCAGUUCAGUCAUAUCGGCCACUUGCUGGUCGUGCAUGGCAGAAACAGCUACAAGCGGUCAGCGGCCCUCAGUCAGUUCGUCAUCCACCGAGGCCUCAUCAUCAGUGCCAUGCAAGUGGUCUUCUCGUCUGUCUUCUACUUCGCCUCACUGGCACUCUUCCCAGGAUUCCUCAUUGUGGGAUAUGCCACUAUAUACACAAUGUACAUACAAAUGUCUCAGAUAUGUCACUAUAUACACAAUGUACAUACAAAUGUCUCAGAUAUGCCACUAUAUACACAAUACAAAUACAAAUGUCUCAGAUAUGCCACUAUAUACACAAUACACAUACAAAUGUUUCAGAUAUGUCACUAUAUACACAAUACACAUACAAAUGUUUCAGAUAUGCCACUAUUUACACAAUACACAUACAAAUGUUUCAGAUAUGUCACUAUAUACACAAUACACAUACAAAUGUUUCAGAUAUGCCACUAUAUACACAAUGUACAUACAAAUGUUUCAGAUAUGUCCCUAUAUACACAAUGUACAUACAAUUGUUUCAGAUAUGCUACUAUAUACACAAUCUACAAACAAAUGUUUCAGAUAUGUCACUAUAUACACAAUACACAUUCAAAUGUUUUAGAUAUGCCACUAUUUACACGAUACACAUACAAAUGUUUCAGAUAUGUCCCUAUAUACACAAUACACAUACAAAUGUUUCAGAUAUGCCACUAUUUACAAAAUACACAUACAAAUGUUUCAGAUAUGUCACUAUAUACACAAUACACAUACAAAUGUUUCAGAUAUGUCACUAUAUACACAAUGUACAUACAAUUGUUUCAGAUAUGCUACUAUAUACACAAUGUACAUACAAAUGUUUCAGAUAUGUCACUAUAUACACAAUACACAUUCAAAUGUUUUAGAUAUGCCACUAUUUACACAAUACACAUACAAAUGUUUCAGAUAUGUCACUAUAUACACAAUACACAUACAAUUGUUUCAGAUAUGCUACUAUAUACACAAUGUACAUACAAAUGUUUCAGAUAUGUCACUAUAUACACAAUACACAUUCAAAUGUUUUAGAUAUGCCACUAUUUACACAAUACACAUACAAAUGUUUCAGAUAUGUCACUAUAUACACAAUACACAUACAAAUGUUUCAGAUAUGUCACUAUAUACACAAUACAUAUACAAAUGUUUCAGAUAUGCCACUAUUUACAAAAUACACAUACAAAUGUUUCAGAUAUGCCACUAAAUACACAAUGUACAUACAAAUGUUUCAGAUAUGUCACUAUAUACACAAUGUACAUACAAUUGUUUCAGAUAUGCCACUAUAUACACAAUACACAUACAAAUGUUUCAGAUAUGCCACUAUAUACACAAUGUACAUACAAAUGUUUCAGAUAUGCCACUAUAUACACAAAACACAUACAAAUGUUUCAGAUAUGC